UGCUAUUGUUAGAUGCUCAAGGCACCAAGAAAAUCUUUGACACUUGAGAUAUUAGUGUUUUUUUUUUUUGGAAAGAAAAGCUAUAAAUUUGCAAUGGCAACUACUAGAUUUUUUAUAAUUUUAAUUUUUAUGAUAUUCACAACUACUGGAUCAGCAUCCUCUGGGUUGGACGAAAUGGUGACUGUUCUUAGCAUUGAUGGAGGAGGCAUUAAAGGAAUUAUUCCGGCUACUAUUCUUGCUUUUCUUGAAGGCGAACUUCAGGAAUUGGACCACAAUAAAGAUGCAAGAAUUGCAGAUUACUUCGACGUAAUUGGAGGAAUAAGUACAGGAGGCUUAUUGACUACUAUGAUAACUGCUCCAAAUGAAAAUAAUCGUCCCUUAUUUGCUGCCAAAGAUAUUACACCGUUUUACUUUGAAAAUGGACCUAACAUUUUUCCACCUGGUGCCUGGCCUCCAAUUUUGGGCCCAAAAUAUGAUGGAAUAUAUUUUCACCAAAUUCUUCAAGAAGUGCUGGGAGAAACUCGUUUGCAUCAGGCUUUGACAGAAGUCGCCAUCGCAUCCUUUGACAUCAAGACCCUUCAGCCAGUAAUAUUCACUAAGGCAGCAUUAGCAAAGUCUCCUCAAUUGGAUGCUAAGAUGUCAGACAUUUGUUAUUCCACUGCGGCAGCUCCUACUUAUUUUCCUCCUUAUAACUUUACGACUGUUGAUGCUAAUGGAAAGCAGUAUCAAUUCAACAUGGUUGAUGGUGCUGUUACAGCUGCCAGUCCGGCUGUAGUAGCCGUUACCGCAGCAGUGAGACGUGCGACGGAAGGGGAUCCAGCAUACCGCUCUAUUAAGUCAUUGAACUUCAAAAAUAUUUUGGUCAUCUCAUUAGGAACAGGUGAUAGUACAGAUAUUGAUACUCCAGAAUCAUACACAGCAGAAGAGGCAGCUAAAUGGGGUGCUUUUGACUGGCUAUGGCAUAACAAUACCAGCCCUUUACUUAAAGGGAUAGUUUCAGCAAGUUCAUAUAUGGGUGAUUAUUACUUGGCCACUAUCUUUCAGGCUCUUGAUUCAGAAAAGAAUUACCUCAGGGUUCAA